UUUUGAGAAAUAUUAAACUGAAUUUCACAAUUGUGACUGUCCAUCUAGUGGUUAAUAAGCGAUUUAUUAGAUAACGAUGUCGCGCGGUGGAAGUUGACACUUGACAGUUUGACACGAUAAUCAAUUAACAUAACCUGACAUAACCUCAAAUUCGCGGUGAGAGAGGACACGUGUGACGCUCGCGAUGGAUCUUGUGAAGUUGAUUCUGGAAGAUGACUAGAGAAAAACGCCUUCUCAGUUUUCACGAAGUUGCGCGUAUUUCGUCUUUUUUUAAAUGAUAUACAAUAUCUUGUAACUUUGUGCCAAGAUGCGUUUUUAUCCCUGUGUGUAUGCAUGUCUGUGAACUCUUUGUCACAACCAGAUUUAUACUUAAAAAACCUAACGAGAGACAAUGUGCAGUUGUUAAUAAAAUCUGCCAAUUGAAUGAGUGGACGAAGUUGUAAUAGUCUUUAUUGUCAAAACCUACAUACAUAUUGUCUCGUUCAUGGGUUAUUCCAAAACCUAAACCUUUAACAAAGUGCCAAGCAAUUUGCCAAAGAGAAAGGAAAUACAAAUGAAAAAGAAAGGAAGGUCCAAACUAAAAUGGGACAAGGAAUUAAAGAAAUGGAUUCCAUAUGGUUACAAAUGAGCAAAAACACAGGAACAGAAAGAAUGGUUGGUAGAAACCAAGAACAAUUAUGAUCGACUCACGAUUCGUUUACUAAAGCCAAAACAGUUAAGCAGGAAAGACAAUUUAAAAAAAUGCACGAAUUGCAAAGACUUCGAAAUAUAACCAGAGCGAAAAAGGUCAAAUUAUCGAAAAUCAUUUACUCACUGUUGCCAGAGAACACUUCCUGAAUUCUCAACAGCUUUCCAAAGCUUUAACUAUAACGUGUCGACCGCUGCUUCAGAAAAUUUCAAUCCAGAUUGUCGAAAGAAAAGGAAACAAGAGGAAUUGCCAAAGAAGUGUCAGGAAUAAAAAGGAAAAGAAAUGCAGCUCCAUUAAAUACUGAAGAAAAACGUUGGAACCAAGGUCUCGUGGAUAAUGUUUUGAAGAAUAGCACGAAGAUUCUACGCGAUGAUUAUUCGAUGGAGGUUGCAGAGAUAAAGCAGUUUGCAACGAGUGGUAGUAAAAAGAAGAAAGGAGCAUUAAAAAAACAAUAAGAGUAAAACCGCUAAAAAGCCAAAGGUCAGAAAAGGCAAAACGAGAUUUACACAAGAUGAUUGGCGUUAGAAAGCAAAGAUAAAUUCAGAUGUCUGUAACGAUAUUUCUAAUAAUAAAUAGAAUUUUAUGUUUAUAAAUUUUAAAUGUAUUAAAUUUUCUACAAAAAGAUUGUUUCUUUCUUUAAAACAUUGUUUCUUAAACUUACAAUAAAAAUUUAGUAAUUUUAUAUAACAUUUUUCUAUUUUCUUAGGACACAGGGGUCAUGUAAUAUUGGUGAUAUUUCGAAUUUACGCGCGCAGCAGUCUGGCAAUCCUCGAGCUCGUCGUCCCGAGUCCUGAAUGGCUGAAUCAUCAUCACUGGUGUUUAUGAUACGUGCGAACGUUUAUACACGUGCUCCUGUAUAAAGUGGAUAAAAUUGAAACGACUCGUUUAUGCUGCUCAUUGUGAAUGCGCCUUAGCUGAUAUAACCUGAACAAGAAACGGCGGACUAGAACCAUUUCUGCGUAGUCUGUACUAUGUAAAUGAUGUCGCGAUAGCUUGCGGGGAAACGAGUUUCAUACUGUUUUUAUUAACACGACACGACUGAGUGGACAUAGUCUUCGGGAAUGGCGCAGUGUCUAAGAAAAGCAUUACAGAUUACUCCAAACACAAUCCUUUACCAACAGAAACGUUUUCGAGGAAAAAUUAAUAUACAAAAACCUAGAGCACCGUAUUACCGGAGGGCAUUGCUAAACGAAUUUCUGACGCCUUUUUAUCCGUUCCCAAAUGAAGGCAAAAAAUUAGAGGAAUUAUGCAGAAAAGCAGUAAAGGCGAAAACGGAGCAGGAGGAAUAUAAUCCCUACCAAAGAAUUAUUGCACGUGAAGUCCGCAAUUGGUUUGACAAUUCCAAAAUGGUUGCCAUUUGCCAUCAAAAUUCUAUGACAGCAGAAGACGAGUUUGAACUCGCAGUUCCAUUAAGAAGGGCAAAUAUGUAUUAUAAACGAUACAGUAAAAAAAUUAUGACAUUAGCAUUGACGGAUUCACCUUACGCUGCAACAUUGCUGUUGUAUGAGUCUCAAUUCUCCAUUAUAUUUGGUUAUGAUGUAAAUGUCGUUGCCUUCGAAAAAAUUGUUAGAAAAUUCCCACAAGUUAUUUUAUUGGCGGGUAUACUAGAGGGACGUGUACUGAAUAAAGAAAAUUUUUUGAGAUAUGGCAAAAUGGAUCUUACAUCCUCGCGAGUUCAACUUGUUCAGGUGUUACAAAAUGCAGGCGGUAACAACUUAAAUCAGCAGCUCACGCAUCAUCAAUCCACAUUAAUUGCUCGAUUAAAACAGAUUGGUACAAAUGAAAAAACUUCUGACGAGAACGGAGAAUCGGUGCCUGUAUAAUUGCAAAAAUUGCUUGUAUCGAUAAUUUAUUAUACAUCUUAAAUUUAUCGAAAGCUUUAAGUAAAAUAUGAUUUAUUUCCCUACAUUCUUUGUAUUUGCGAUAAGAAUAAGAAGCAUUGGUACAAAGUUA